CGCCUGGUGCAAACAAGACAAUUUUAUUACAACAGAACAAAGAACCGGUUUGGGACAUCUUUUGUUUUUUUACAAUUCAAACAAAAAGGACGAAUCACCGUAGUUCAUUAGAUAAAGAAAAUGAAGGGGGAUAUAUAGAGAGAUAAGGAAGACUCAAGAAGUUCUCCUCGUCAAAGAUGAUUUAUCACCCGUCACUAAUUUUCGUUCUACGUGUUGCUUUCCUUGCUGUGUAAAAGACUCCUAGAAUGCAUCCGAGCGUAUUGGCGUUUGGAUUAACGGCCAAUUUAUGUGCCUCUAUAUGCAUCGUGUUCCUCAACAAGUGGAUCUACGUCCAUUACGGGUUUCCGAACAUGACUCUGACUUGCAUUCAUUUUAUCGUCACUUUUGCCGGGCUACAGACAUGUGCCUUUUUUAAAGUGUUUCGUCCAAGGAAAUUACCUUUUCUCAAGAUGAUCCCCCUGUCCUUGACGUUCUGCGGGUUUGUUGUGUUCACGAAUCUCAGUCUUCAGAGUAACACUGUCGGUACCUACCAACUGUGCAAAGCACUUACUACGCCUGUGAUCAUUGGUAUUCAUACGUUGUUCUACAGAAAAGCCUACUCCACCAAGAUUAAACUGACUGUUAUCCCUAUCACACUGGGUGUGUUUUUGAACUCUUACUAUGAUGUCAGGUUCAAUAUACAGGGCACGGUCUAUGCUAGCCUCGGUGUUCUUGUUACUUCUCUUUAUCAAGUUUGGGUUGGAGCCAAGCAAAAGGAAUUCCAAGUUAAUUCGAUGCAGCUUCUUUACUAUCAGGCUCCCUUGUCUGCCAUUCUUCUGGGUUGUGUGGUGCCCAUGUUUGAGCCAAUCACAGGUCAUGGAGGAGUCUUCUCAUCUUGGCCACUUGAAGCAGUUCUUGCAGUACUAGCAUCAGGAGCUGUUGCAUUCAGUGUCAACCUCUCCAUCUAUUGGAUUAUUGGAAACACCUCCCCUGUGACAUACAACAUGGUGGGUCACUUGAAGUUCUGUAUCACACUACUAGGUGGCUACUUCAUCUUCCAUGACCCGCUAAAGAUGAACCAGAUGAUGGGCGUGGCCAUCACGCUCGCCGGGAUAAUGACUUAUACUCACUUCAAACUUGAGGAGCAAACCAAGCAGGUUUUGCCUACAACAGUGAAACCAACAGUUAAAAUGUGAACAGAAUUAUUCUUAUUUUAUUCAUAUAUACAUCGCCAUGUAUAAUAUAUGCUACAUGAAAAAGAUUGGCGUCCUACUUGGAUUUUAUUUAAAUGGGCUUUUCAGUUACAGAUUUACUUCUAUUGAUUCGGUGCAAUUCUCUUACCGGAGAAGAGCGAGGAAGAUUUCUGGAAUGAAAGCUGUCAACACACUACAUGCUUGUGACGUUUAUCCUUUAUAUGUAUCUCCUCGGGAACACUGUUUUUUUCUGACUUGCGAACCCAUGGGUUUCCGAGGAUUGUGCUCUCUAUAUUUGCUGUUUACUGGCAAUGAAAACGAAGGUAUCAUGUACACAGAGUAGCAGGGAUUUGCGGUCUAUUUACAGGUUGAUAGAAAGGAAGACACAAACACUAAAAGCUCUGUAGUUUUGUUUACUGACUUAUUCCCCACACAAUUAUAUACUGUAAUGAUUCGAAAAAGCGCCGGGGCGGCUAUUCAAUUUAUCGGCUCUUUGGGGGAAGGGGUGCUAAUAGGGAGGGUGGAUUGCGAACUAAACUUUAUUUGCGAUAAAAUUAAACUACAGUAAAAAUGUUGUUUGACUUAA